ACAAAUUAAGCUCCUGAGUUAGAAAGUUUCCCUCACUCCACCUUCAUUAUUUCAAACACCUUUCCCCUCUGUACAUAGUGUUCGGAAUAGUAUUAGCUCUUUCUAAUCUAUCCUUGUCUCUUAUAAUUGACAACGAUGGUGGAAAACUAAACGGUGUGAGGGGCCCCUUUUGUGAAGGCUUGUUUCGAGAUAUACAUGUGCAUAUACUUAACCUUAAGUUUAUCGAAACUUUAUUAAACCUUUACAAUAGAUCAAAUUUGUUACUUUUUUAUGUGCGUAAGAAAUAAUUUAUAAAAUAUAAUAAUUUGCAAAAAAUAUAAGAUAAAAUGACAAAGUCACAUGUAACAAAUAAAAUGCCUCGGAAGGAGGGAUUUAAACGUUCUGGACACAGUAUGAACCCUGAACGGCCUACAGAAGGAUUAAAGGGUGUGGCAAAAGUUCGAACAAAAGCAACCAUUAAAAGGUUGCAAAUGUAUCGUAAUCAAAAACCAAAACGUGAUCGUACAGGAAAAAUUAUUAAUCCAGCACCAUUCCAAGGAUGGCAACCAUCUGGUACUAUGUCUCGUGUAGAGCCUUCGCAAAGGUGGUUUGGCAAUUCAAGAGUUAUUUCUCAAAAUGCCUUACAAAAAUUUCAAGAUGAAUUAGGCAAGGCAAUGAAAGAUCCUUAUAAUGUUGUUAUGAAGCCUACACAAUUGCCAAUAACUUUGCUUCAGCAAAAGACUGCAAAUAUAAGAGUACAUUUAUUAGACACAGAAAGUUUUGAAAAUGUUUUUGGACCAAAAAAAGUACGGAAAAGACCAAAUUUAACAACAUCAUCAUAUGAUGAAUUACAAAAAUUAGCAGAAGAAAAGGAAAGAAUAUAUAGUACAGAAAAAGAUUCUAAGGAUGUUGAUCUUGUACGUCCAGAUAUUAGUAUCAAAGAAGGUCAAAGAGACUGGAUUAUGUCUGCAGGACAAAGCAAAAGAAUUUGGAAUGAAUUAUAUAAAGUUAUCGAUUCCUCCGAUGUUAUUUUACAAGUAUUGGAUGCCAGAGAUCCUUUAGGAACUAGAGCAUUCCCAAUAGAAAAAUAUCUCAAAACAGAAAAGCCUCACAAACAUUUAAUGUUUAUUUUAAAUAAAGUAGAUCUUGUUCCAACAUGGGUAACACAAAGAUGGGUUGCAAUUUUAAGUGCAGAAUAUCCAACAGUGGCAUUUCAUGCUUCUAUGACACAUCCAUUUGGUAAAGGAUCCUUAAUAAAUUUGUUACGUCAGUUUGCAAAAUUACAUAUUGAUAAGAAACAGAUCAGUGUAGGUUUUAUUGGAUAUCCUAAUACAGGUAAAAGUUCAAUCAUCAAUACUCUAAGGUCAAAGAAAGUAUGUAAUGUAGCACCAAUAGCAGGAGAAACAAAAGUAUGGCAAUAUAUUACUUUAAUGGGACGUAUUUACCUAAUAGAUUGUCCAGGUGUAGUUUAUCCAUCAGCAGAAACUGAUACGGAAAAAGUUUUAAAAGGUGUAGUAAGAGUAGAACUUAUUCAAAAUCCAGAAGAUUAUAUUCCAGAAGUAUUAUCACGAGUAAAGGAAGACUAUAUACGUAAAACAUAUAAAAUUAUGGAAUGGGUUGAUCACAUUGAUUUCUUAGAAAAGUUAGCACAUAGAAGUGGAAAAUUAUUAAAGAAAGGAGAACCAGAUAUCACUAUUGUUUCACGAAUGAUUUUGAAUGACUGGCAACGUGGUAAAUUACCAUUUUAUGUCCCACCUCCUGGCUUCGAAGAACCAAUAACAAAAACAAGUGACAAACAUCCUAUUCAAAAUAAUAGUAUUGAAGAAGAUAACACUAUUAAUAUAGAUAACACUGAAAAUGUACCAAACAAGGAGUCACUUAAAUUUCAGUUACAUGUAAUACAAAAUUUUAGAAAAAUUAAGGUUGGUUUACCAUAUUCUGGUGAUGAUGUAAAAAAUGAUCUAUACAUCGAAUGUAAUGAAUUUGAUAAAGCAGAUAAUGAUACAAAAGAAAUUGAUUGUAUUUUAUCUGCUACGAAUGAUAAUAAAUUCAAUGAAACUCAAAAUGAACAAAAUACACAAUUUGAAGAAAUGUCAAUAGAAGCUAAAGAAAGUACUGAAUCAAUUAAGUACUUAGAAAAUAGAAAUGAAGUAAAUAAAGAACAUUCUGAUGAUGAAAUUUGUUUACCAUUAGAAAAAGAUACCUUAUUGCAAAGUGUAUAUGAUGAGAUAAAAGAAUAUGAUUCUAGUGACAGUGAAAUGUUGAACACAGAUACUACAUCAAGCAGUGGUGUGUUUAAAAUUUCUUCUAUACCUUGUAAAACAGAAUCAUUAGUAGAAAAAGUAAAAAGAUUAACAAGUAAACAACGACGGGCCAUAGAAAGAGCUAGUAAAAGGAAAAAAAUUGGUAGUAACUUUUAUGAAAUUACCAAUGUAAAAAAUAGGAAUAAAAAUAGAAAAAUUCGUAAAAUUAAACGAAAAUAAUUCAUAAAUAAGAAAA